AUGAAUAGCGAAUAUUCAUCAAAUGUAACAAGCAGUAUACAACGUAAAACAGCAGGCAUUAUUAUAAUUGGUGAUGAAAUUUUGAAAGGUGUAACAAGUGAUGUGAAUUCGAAUUUCUUCUGUAAAGAAUUGUAUGGUCGAGGAAUUCUGCUGAAGAAAAUAUCAAUAGUAUCUGAUAAUGUGGAUGAUAUUGCAUGUGAGGUGAAGCAAUUUAGUGAAAGUUACGAUCUAGUCUUCAGUUCUGGUGGUGUUGGACCUACGCAUGACGAUCGAACUUACACUGGAUUGGCAAUUGCUUUUAAUGAUGAAUUGACAACAAGACAGGAAAUGAUGGUAUUGAUUGAAUAUUUUAUGCGCAGUAUGAACAAAAUCAUACCAGAUGGUGGUUUACAGCGGAUGUGUACUGUACCAAAAAGUGCUCAGUUAUUAUGGGGUAAACAAACAGUUUUUCCAUUGGUGCAAAUGCGUAAUGUUUAUGCAUUUCCCGGUAUUCCGGAAUUCUGUAUUGAAGCAUUCAAGGAAUAUGAAAAUUCGAUAUUCUCGUCUUAUGCAGCAAAACCGUUUUACUCCUGCGUUCUUCAUAUAAAAUCUACCGAAUUGCAAUUUUCGGAUAUAAUAAUGGAGAUGGCAAAGAAAUAUAGUUCAAAGAAAGUUUCCAUUGGUUCAUAUCCCGUAAGAAACAAUCAAUAUUACAAAACGAAGUUAUUAGUGGAAAGUGAAUGCGUGGAUAUUGGUGAGAAAGUUGUGCAGGAUUUGAAAGCUUCUUUGAAAGAUCAAGUAACAUACUUUGAUGAACAACCAUGGAUAGAUACGGUACGAAAGUUCAACGCUUUUCGAGAAAGAGAAUUGGCGGAUGGUUUAGCUGAUGGUUUUGUGGAUCGAUUGGAUGAUACCAUGAGUUGUAUCGACAAAAUAAUUUCUCUGAAUCUAUUGGAUGAGAUAGCAAUAGCAUUCAACGGUGGUAAAGAUUGCACCCUCGUCCUGCAUCUUUUGCGAGUUGCUAUCGAUAAGAAAUAUGGACCAGGACAAACUAUACUUGGCGUUCAUAUAGUGUGUGGUGAUAGCUUCCCGGAAAUGAAUCAAUUCAUUAUUGACACCACUAAACGAUAUAAUAUCAUAGUACUGGAAGCAUCAGGUCCAGUAAAAGAAGGUCUUGUACAAUUAAAAAAUAUGAGACCGAAAUUAAAGUGUAUAUUUAUGGGUUGUCGCGCAACUGAUCCUAGUGUAUCGUCUAUGAAAUCUAAAUGUCAAUUCACAGAUGAUAACUGGCCACGUUAUUUGAGAGUUUGUCCAAUUUUGGAUUGGAGCUAUGAUGAUGUAUGGCGAGCGUUACGUGGUAUCUGUAUGCCAUAUUGUCCAUUGUAUGACUUAGGUUAUACAUCUCUUGGAGGACGUGAUACCACUCGUAAGAAUGAUGCAUUGAAGAUUGUUGGUGAUGAUGGUUCCAUUAUUGGUUACAAACCUGCAUAUAUGUUAAAAACUGGUACCUUGGAACGUACAGGAAGAAGCUGA